UUAUACUGAUAGCUGACUGGCCACUGAUCGCGCGCACUGUAUAUGCUAUACAUAGCUAUUUUUCGCCUCGCGUGCGCCGCAUGUGCUCGCGAUAUAGCUGUCUGUCUCCACAGCACGGGCUCUCUUGCUCAACGACCUCGUAACCGCCGACGCUCGCCAGCUAGGAUAGUCUCGUUCAAGGGUUGCCUUCGUCUCGUUACGCCGGCGGAAUUUGCAGGGGAGGACAGGUUGAAAACUGGACACGGGGACGACGAGGUUACGUUUGCUGUCAACGCGCUGAGACUCGCGGGAUUCUCUUGCUGAACACGCGACCUGGACGGAUUUCACUCUGCAGGUAGAUAGAUUUAUAUAGUUCGGAAAUUACCUGGGCUUCACCGGACCCGGGGAAACUCAUUUGUCCCUCGACGGGGCCUGCGGGAGCCAACAUCGAUGAAAAUCGGGGGUCUGCGUUCGAUGACUCGGAAAAUUGCAUCGAGCUCGAGUCGUACAGAAGAGACGGUGAACGAUUGUUCUGCGGGCUGAAACGAAAUCUUUGAUUUUCCAACUUGGUAAAGGUAGCCAGUUAACGAGAAAUUAGGGGUAGAAGGGAAAGGCAUUGUUUUUAACUGGUUAAUCCAUCAGAGAUGUUUACUUAUGAUUAAUCUACGGCAACCGAGUACUUACUACGAUUUCAAGAUCUAGAAUUCCUGGUGUAAUUAUGUGGCAAUCUUGUGCUGCCAAGAUAACGUCUGUUAAUACAUUCCAGCUUACUUAACACUUGGCUGAGGAAAUUGUAAUCACCACAAACACUACCAGUGUGAAAUAUUGCGAAUGAGAACGUGUGAUGUUAUGUUAUGGUUAUUCAAGUCAGUGCCAUCUUGCACCCAUGAAGCACCUUGGCAGGUGCUAGUGCAUCAUUGGUAUACUCAGCAAGACAAGUGUACGCCUACACAGCUCUUGGACCAGCACCAAAAGAUCCAGCUUCAAACAUGAGCGAGAUCACUCCCAAAGAUCUUCAAGAUCUCUUGCAAUAUUUUUCCAAGAACACCUACAGAGCCAAGGAUGCAGAUAGCACGAGUCAGGGAAUCAUGCAGAGAUGCAUAUUGCUCGCAAACUUAGACUAUACCCACACAGUAAUCAGCAACAACAGUGGAGAUCUCAGUGCUCAAUACCCCAGCUCACUCAUAAUUCUGGAGCAUGAAAAACAUCACAACCAGAAUGUGUCUGAUACACCGCCGCCUCCACAGCGCACAACCGAAACUAUUUACGAAAGCGUGUACAAUUUCCCCACACUCGCGGAAAAGAUAAGAAACGCGAGGUUUGCAAGAUGCCGCUCGAGAUUUCCUCUGCCGGUAAUUUUCUACAAAAGGAGGUACGUUUGUCGAUCGGCAACUAUAUCGGGCGGACCUGAAAUAUAUGGCAGGUCGGGACUCGAGUACUUUUUCCCAGCCAAUCAAUCUGGUAAUACAGCUGCAUCGACGCAGGGCAUAGAGGUGGCGGGGAACGGCGAAUACGAGUGGCAACUCUUUGACAAGGUCAGAAGCCAAGACAUCAAGCUUCUGAAGUCGCUCAACGUGGGGACGAUUAUCGACUUGAUGGUAGAGAAAAAGAAGGUCAAGUUUGGUGUCAACGUGACGUCGUCGGAGAAGGUAGACAAGGAGAAAAGGUACUCGGAUUUCACGCUCAUAUCACUGCCAUACCCGGGCUGCGAAUUUUUUAAGGCAUUCCGGGAAAACGACUACCAGGCCUUCGAUCUGUUCUUUGACUGGGAUCAGACUCAUGUAGAUGCCGAUAUCGUUGUACCCGACGAUCAGAUUUCCGCGCAGCUCCACAUCACCUGGGAUGAGUACAAAAACUGGAACCUGAUCCAUCUCACACAGAAUUAUUUCAAGCUAAUUUUGAAAUACCUCAACGAAAGCAGCUCUAGCAUGCUUAUUCAUUGUAUAUCAGGCUGGGAUCGCACACCCCUCUUCAUUUCGCUGCUGCGGAUAAGUCUGUGGGCAGAUGGUUUGAUUCACCAGUCGCUGAGCGCUCACCAGAUGCUCUACUUUACAAUAGCCUACGACUGGAUGCUGUUCGGGCACGACCUGCGCGAUCGACUAGCUAAAGGCGAAGAGAUUUUCUAUUUUUGCUUCUUCUUUCUCAAACAUAUCCAACUGGAAGAGUAUAGCAUGCACAAGCGACAAUACAGCCAAAAGCACGUGGUUCUCAGAAACGACAGCGACUCACAACUCGACAACGUCAUGUUUGACAACGAUUCCGCCGUUCCUCUCAGUUCCGUCAGCUCGAAUCUGAGUCUAAAUAGUUGUUGCAGUAAUGUGAGUCAAAAUAGCAGGGACAGUCAGGACACCAAUCCACCCUCUGUCUUUCACAGUACGUCCCACGAUGAACAACCACAACAAGAUGCGCCCAGUAACGGCAAUGUGGCGCCAGAGUCGUUAUAUUCUUCGCCAAACAAAGAGGGUUCUACAGCAAAUCAAGGCUCAAGGUCUCCAUUACCACCUUUAACGAAACGAACAUCACCGGUAGCCGUACCGGUACCUGGGCGCGUUCGUCAGCGCAAUGAGUCCUCUUCUUCUGGCGGCUCUUGGCAGAUUAUCAGCGGUACCGGAAGUCUCCGUGGUUCCACUAGCGCCCAUGCAGACGCAUGUUCUUGUUUCUCAAGCACCACGUCCGGACCACCAGGGCAGACCUCGUGUGACUCGAGUACUACCGUCAUCGAAGAGGAUUCGUACUACAUAGCCGCGAGGAAAAACAAACUAGAGACACUGAGGCAAUCAUUCUACACCGUUUACACUCAAAGCGUGGGUUUAAAAAUGAAGGACAACUCGGAGACAACGGGCAUCGGCCAGUUGCUCGGCAAUUUUGCGGAAAAAGUCGGCAUACUGUCAGUUCAACGCACGACCUUGUGACGUGAUAAAUACGUAUACGCCAACGGAUUGGCCUCUCCUCGAAUUAUGGAUUUAUAAGAAUUUUUUACAUGCGGUUCUCCAAUCGCGCAAUGGCUCGUCCAGAAUUUCGUGAAACUCGGUACUCUUCUGCAAUUUUUCUCUCGGUAAAAUAGAAUAAUUUUUCCUAGUCUUGUGUUAGCGUUUAUUUACGUAUAUUUUUUCAUAAUAAUUUCGCGAGACUAUCGACUAUUGAGAGUACUUGCGUUGUUGAUUUUAUCAAUUAACUGUACAUACCAUACAACUAUACUCUAGAUUAUCUUUUGGGUUAUAGCCUUUCCACAUUCCUAAGUUAUUGGGAAAUUAUUACCGCUCCAUUUAUAAGCAAUAAUCUUUUAUACAAUUUUUUUUUUUUAUAUAACAAACCGAUAAUUUUCUAGGCAUCACUCUUAUGAAAUUCGGAAAAUGUUAUAACAGCCUACGUGGCGAUUGGAGUAACCCUGAUUAUAAAAUGAUAUCGGUCGAUUCUAAAAUUCGUCCGAGAAUAUGUAAGCCGUUGAAUAACAAGAAAAACACUAUUAUUGUACGUUAUUGUUUACUAUGGGACAAGUUAAAUGAAAAAAAAGAGAGUAAUUAUCGAAGGUGCGCCUAGGGUGUGUUGUGAGCGCGCAAAAUGUAAUAAAACUUGAUAUUUUUGUA